AUGUCUGGGAACGAGACGACGAACGAGAGCGUCGUCCCGGCACCUGAUUGGUCGGGAGGGAGGUUCGGCGUGAAAUUUAAACUUCGGUCAAAGUUCACGGCGCGAGAACAACUGCUGAGCUUGCCGAGGACACACGACUACAUGGCAGGGAAAAACAUGGCUGGUGGUGUUUUAUACCUGGAGAAUGUGGACCCCGAGAACUGCAGUGUGUUCGUCAAUGCUGUUGCCAAGCAGCUUGCAAGCCACAACACACAAGAUCAGCAUCAGCUGCAUGUGAUAGGAAACCCAGUCCAGUACGCUAGCACUAGCGUCUCUCUCAGUCACCCUGUGCUAUCCCUGACUGAUGUCUACCUGGGCUGGUACAGGAGUCUGGGACUGAGGAGGAACACGAGAGAAACCGUCCUGACUCCUGAUGACCAGCUGGUGGCAUUGCAGCUCUGUAUGGCUGAACUCAACUCUCAGAAAAUCGGUUCAUUUGAAGCUCAGGCCAGCGAUGUCCUCGAGGUUGUCAGUCACCUCACCCAGGACAAGCUGGGUUGCCUAGCAACAACAGGAGGCCACGCCCCCAGGGACGACUACCAACCAAUCAGGGAGGCCUACGACAAGUUUCUGGAGCACUGCAAUGUUUCUGACAUAGCAGAUGUGUUCCUGAGAGUGAGGGAAAAGUUCCAGGCAGACCCAGCCACAGCAGAACGGUGUAGGAACAAUUCUAGAUACAUUGUGUUGGAACUGCCACAAACACAGAUUGAGACGGAGAUGCUGAAGCUGCUUGUGGGCGACAAGUCAACCACUGUCGUCACCAUGGAGACGUCCCUUGACAUGUCUUUCAGCCAAUCGGUGGAGCCAGCAGAUGUGAGGUUGACCAAUCAGGAGACAGAUCUCACAGAACUUUUAGAGAGGGGCCGCCCCCAUUCUACAAGUGGGUUGCCAGGUUCCAGUGCAACAGAGGUGAGUCUGUGA